AAUCUGUGCAACCAUGAAAUUAACACCACUUCAAUAUGGUUUGAUCAUACUAAACCUAAUUUAUCUGGCCUAUUCCUCAUUUUAUAUGAUAAUUGCCGAUUGUGAUGAGACUUUUAAUUAUUGGGAACCCUUGAAUUUACUCCUUCGUGGAUUUGGAAAACAAACUUGGGAAUAUUCACCCGAGUUCUCUAUUAGGUCAUACGCAUAUUUGAUUCCUUACUAUGCCAUUGCCAAAGUUGUUUCACCAUUUGUUGAGUCACCGGAACAAGUUUUCUAUAUCAUUAGAUUGAUUGGGUUAUGUGGGUUUACCAGUUUUUGUGAAAUCAAGUUAUUUAUCAAACUUUCUCAAUAUUCAACCAAUUUAGCCAAUUGGUGGAUAUUAUUUAAUACAGUUGCCCCAGGAAUGAGUCAUGCUAGAGUGGCGUUAUUGCCUAGUUCUUUAGCUAUGCAAACUACUAUGUUGGCCAUGGUGGAUAUCAUAGAUUAUGUAAAAACUAAACAGGAUUCACGAUUGGUCUGUGCGGUGUUUUGGUAUUUUGUUGGAGGGGUAUUAGGAUGGCCAUUUGCCCUUGCCUUGGGUGUGCCUGUUGGAAUCUACAUACUCAGUGAGAUUGUGCAGAAGAAUGUCAAGUUUACCAUUUUAAUCCGUUGUGUUUUGGCAUUGGCAAGUAUAGUUGUGCCUAUUGUCAUAAUUGAUUCCAUAUUCUAUCAGAAGUUAGGAGCAUUCAUACCUGUUAAUAUUGUCUUGUAUAAUGUGUUUGGAGAAGAAGGAGAAGGACCAGAGAUAUUUGGGGUAGAGCCAGUGACGUAUUACAUUUUUAACUUGUUGUUGAACUUCCAUGUUAUAUUGCCAUUAGCAUUCCUUGGCUUGGUAGUUAAUCCGAUAGUUACACAAGUUAAACCAAUCGCUUGGUUUACUUCAUCACAAGUGAUAAUUUGGUGUGGGGUUUUCUUUAGUCAACCACACAAGGAAGAACGGUUCUUGUAUCCUAUCUAUUCGUUGUUAUCCCUUCUGGCUGCAAUUUUCGUGUCGAAAUUGUUCAAUGUGAUUAAAUCAUAUUCUAAGUUGUACAAAUUACUCAAGAUUGGAUUUAUUCUUGGAGUUAUCGUGGUGUCUAACUUGAGAAUAUUGAACUUGGUGGUUAAUUAUUCUGCACCAUUGACUACAUUUUAUGCUGUUGCCCAUGAACCUAGUACAGACACUUUCAAGAAUGUAUGUAUGGGUAAGGAAUGGUAUCAUUUCCCCACCUCGUUGUUUCUUGCUGAAAACCACAGACUACAAUUUGUCAACAGCGGAUUUGAUGGACUUCUUCCAGGAGAUUUCCAUGAGGGUGGAUCCCUAAUUGACCUGACCACAUAUGUGCCAUCACAUAUGAACAAUCGCAAUCAAUUUGAAAGUGAUAAGGUUAUUCCCUUGGAAGAAUGUGACUACUUUGUUGAUAAUACGCAAUUGGAAAGUUUCCCCCUGGUGAUUAAACCAGAUAUGUCAGUAGAUCCAAAUUGGGAAAUACUCACCUGUAACAAAAUUAUCAACCCCAAUGGCCACCACAAUCUUAUCGGAAAACUAAUUUAUAUUCCAGAAACCUUGCGAAAGUACAUUCCUUACAACAUAGAGUAUAUGGAAUUUUGUGCAUUAAAACGAAUUGAAAAUAUAAAUAGAACAGAAGAUUGAUGUGUAUAUUUAGAAUGCAAAAGAAAGGGCACAGCAUAUAAAUAUUUAUACUCACGAAUAAUAGUCAGUUAAUGCCUUCUUAGACUUUGUAUAUCCAUCUUGGGCUUUUUCUAAUGCAUCUUUGAUCAAUGCUAUCCAGAAAUCAUCACUUGAUUCGUCAGGAGUGGUGGUGGUGUUGUUGUUAUUAGUAUUGUUUUCUGAAGAACUGGUGUGUAUAGAAUGCGGUGACGAUGUAGUAGUAGUGGUAGUGGCAGUAGCUGGAUACUCAAAAUUGUCAAAGUUUAUUUUAUGACCAUAGUUUUGAAUUCGUUCACAUUGGGUGGCGAUUGUACCUAAUCCAAGAGCAGCGGCUGAACCCUUGAGAAAAUGUCCUGCUUUGGAUAACUCUUCUAAAUUUUUCUCGUUGAUCAAAUUGGAAAAUUUUUGAAAAGUUUCUUCCACUUGAGUAUAAAACGUUUGUAUCAACGACUUGGAGAAUUCCUCUUCAUCUUCGUCCAUGGCUAUUAUUUCGCUAAACACUGGCCAGUCCACUAAGCCCGUGGCUUGUAGUUUUUUCUUUUUAUCUUCUGACAUGAUGGGUAAUAUUAUAUUAUUCUUCUUGUUGGAUUAGGGGAGGACGUGGUGGCAGUAGUAGUAGUGAGGGGGGGGGAGGGGGGAACAAACACAAAUUGUUAACUGAGGUAUGUGAGUAAAAGAAUGGAUCACUAGGAACGAUAAAAUAACAACAGAUAUAACCACAAGAGUCAAUGGGUAAUUGAAAGGACGAGCGAAGGGGGGGGGAACGGGAAAGAAAUGUGUUGUGGACA